AUGAAUGAAGUUCAGAUGAGACUGAGUGGUCCAGAUGCUAUCGCUGACUCUUCCAUAUCAAUGAUUGUGUCUCUCAUUAGCCAGGAGCAACUUGGGAACCAACUUGAGAAUGCCGAAAUUCACGCCAGAGGACUCCAGCAAAUCGUUCGACUUCGGGGAGGAAUCAGUUCACUUGAAGGGAAUUUUCCUCUUGCAUUACAAGUCUGCAAAAGCGAUAUAAUGCUAUCCCUGCAACUGGGAAAAUCCACUAUAUUCUUUCGAGAUAAUAUGCCGGACCUUGCUACUCAGCAAGAGUUGAUCUUCGAUCCUUUUAUGAUACCAGGCUCAGUCGCCAGUGGCUACUACCAUGUUGGUUCAACUUUACAAAAGAUCUUUUCCGAUGUGAUGAGAUUCUGUGCCAUGAUGAACGCAGAGAUACGUACCACCUCUCUCGACUUCCUAGGCUUUGAGGAAAUUUUAAUCUCGAUUUGCUACAGACUAUUGAAAUUCCGCUCAUUGAACGAAUUGAAGAAUAAUCCAGACAUACAUUCUAUGUUCCACUUGGGAUUAACAGUCUUCACGAUGUCAACCUUUUUACAGUUUGACCGUCACAAGAUUAUCAGUCACAGAUUUCUCUCGACCUGUCUUCAAGAGGUGUCACGUUUUCAAUCUUAUGGCAAUCAGGAUCAUUUAAAUUUUUGGUUCCUUAUGGUUGGGGGCAUUUGGGUUGCAAAUGAUGAGGAUGGAGAUUGGGCUAUCUGUACUAUACGGGAGACGACUCAUCGACAAGGCAUAACCACUUGGAAUCAAGCUCGAAGCAUAUUGUGCAUGUUCCCCUGGAUUCAUGGGCUACAUGAUCAGCCCGGUUAUGAUCUCUGGACUCGGGCGCAAGCGAAUCAAGAGAAGAUCGAAUUUACGGUCCCCGGUCGCUGA